AUGUCUGACGGGAUCAUGGCUCCUACAAACAAUGUGGACAACCGCAAAGGAGUCGAGGUUGCCGAUGACUCUGUUGAAACCACCAGCCGCGAUCAGAAAGUCAAGAACGUUGUGGACGAGAAGACCGGAGAGGUGUCGAUCGAGUCGCCGCAGGAUGACGAUACAGAAUACGUCAAAGGGCAUCCCGUUAUUCGCACUGGUCUCGACGUGUCGAAAUACAUCGUAUCAUUGCGAGACGAUGGCGAUCCUUCUUUGACCUUUCGUUCCAUCGUCCUGGGCUCGAUUUUUACCGCGCUUUCAAGCGUCAUCACGAUGUUGUACACGUUCAAACCGUACCAGGCCCAAGUAUCUGCCACCUUUUUGCAACUUCUCAUCUACGUAUUCGGCCAGGCAUGGGCUCUGUUGACUCCCAGUCCAGAAAGGUUCAAACAAAGAUGGGUACGAAGCACACUUCGCUUCCUCAACUUUGGGCAGGGCUUUGGGAUUAAGGAGCACGUGGUUGCCGCACUAAUCGCCUCCUCUGGCAACAACGGCCUUGCUGGAGUAGAGAUUUAUGCCAUUGAGAAUUUAUUCUACGACAUCAGUGUCAAUGCCACCACUGCAGUCCUGGGUACCUUUUCGAUAUCUCUCUGUGGAUUUGUGCUGGCUGGCGUGUUACGGCCACUCAUCGUCUACCCUGCUGAAAUGGUGUAUUGGUCGACCUUGCCCCAGGUUGUGCUAUUCCAGAACCUCCAUUUUGACACGCGUGCGAACAGGGACCGCUUAACCAAAUUUAUCUGGGCAUUGGUGGCGUCGGGCGUCUGGGAGUUUUUUCCUGCCUACAUCGUAACUUGGUUUGGGGGCAUCUCGAUCUUUUGCCUGGCUUCCAUGAACGCCCCUGUUCAUAUCCGGACUAUCUUCACCAACGUCUUCGGAGGCGCUUCAUCAAACGAGGGCUUGGGGAUAUUAAAUUUCAGUCUAGAUUGGCAAUAUAUUCAGAGUACAUACCUGUCACUGCCAUUCAAACAACAACUGAAUUCUUGGAUUGGCUAUCUUAUUUACUACGCCGUCAUGAUUGGGGUUUACUACGGAAAUGCUUGGAACGCGAAGAAUUUCCCUUUCAUGUCGAGCUCUCUCUUCCAGUCCAACGGUUCCGUGUAUACUACGACCUCCAUCAUGAAUGACCGAGGUACUAUCGACUAUAACAAGGUUGACGACGUGGGCCUACCUUCUUUGACCGCCACUACUGUCUGGGGGUUCAUGACGCAGAACCUGGCCAUCGGAGCCUUGAUCACGCACGUCCUCAUAUUCUAUAGCAAAGAUAUGUGGACCGCAUGGAAGCAGGCACGCAGCAGAAGUCAGCCCGAUCCGCACUACCAAGCUAUGCUCAAGUACAAGGAAGUCCCACUGUGGUGGUAUUGGGCGCUUUUUGCGCUAGCUUUCUUCGCCGGAUUGAUUGUCAAUCUCAAAGGUCAAACCACCCUACCAGUUUGGGGUUACAUUAUCGCCCUUCUUCUAGGUGCUUUCAUUGCCCCCUUCUCCUGCGUUCUCUACGGUCUAUAUGGAAGUGGCGUAUCAACUAAUCAGCUUUCCAAAAUGGUUGCAGGCGCUCUACACCCAGGGCGGCCUCUUGCCAAUCUCUACUUUGCGUCUUGGUCGCACCAAGUCAUCCUGCUAUCCGUCAACCUGGCCAACUGGCUUGUUGUAGGCCAGUAUCUCAAGAUACCACAUAGAGUGAUGUUUAUUACUCAGAUUUACGCCACUCUUCUAGGAGCCGGGCUCAACUAUGCCGUGAUGACAACGAUUGUGUCCAAUCAACGAGAAAUCCUCCUUGACCCCAUAGGAAACAAUGUGUGGAGUGGCGCAUACAUGCAGAGUCUAAACUCUGAUGCUAUCACAUGGGCACUUGCAAAGGAAAUCUAUGGAGUCAAUGGACAAUACUUCAUAGUGCCCAUGGGUCUAAUUAUCGGCCUCGCACUUCCAGUUAUUCACUCGGGUGCGAUCAAACUGUUCCCCAGACUCGACAGGUGGGAGCUCAAUACAGCCAUCAUCAUUGCUUAUGCUGGCACAACCUACUAUGGAAACACAUCAUGGAUUUGCUCCUCAAUUGCUGUGGGAAUCUUUUCUCAGUUCUGGCUUCGACGCCGCAAGCCUCGGAUCUACAACAAGUACAACUAUCUCAUUGGGGCCGCUAUGGAUGGUGGUUCUCAGAUCGUCAUUUUCAUAUUAUCUUUCGCCGUCUUCGGUGCAAGUAGCAAAGAGGUUCCCUUUCCUUCAUGGUGGGGAAGUCCAGCUGCAGGUAAUCCUGAUCAUUGCUAUGCCGGAAACUAA